AUGGACAACAGAGGAAGGAGAGGGACGAACGGAUCACUCAAACGAUCAUCCAUCAAACGAAGCGCGUCUUCUGGAUCACAGAGGACUCAGCGGGUGUGGAUCGAGAAAACUUUCCAGAAGAGAGAAUGCAUCCAGAUCAUUCCCAGCAAAGACGCCAGCAGGUGCAGCUGUGGUCAGCUGGUGACGCAGCACACAGCCAUUCCCCAGGUGGCCAAAGAGGAAGGGGCUCCUUUGGUUCAGCUGGAUACCCAACCUACAGAGAGAUGGAGUCCCCUCAAACACACCCAGACGUCCCCCACCGACGCCUACGGGGUCAUCGAGUUUCAGGGAGGAGGACUCGUCAACAAGUCCAUGUAUAUUAGGGUCUCCUAUGACUCUAAACCAGACAAUCUGCUCCACCUAAUGAUAAAGGACUGGCAGCUGGAGCUUCCCACACUGCUCAUAUCUGUCCAUGGGGGCCUGCAGAACUUCGACCUGCAGCCCAAACUGAAGCAAGUUUUUGGUAAAGGACUGAUCAAAGCAGCCGUGACGACUGGAGCCUGGAUCUUCACUGGAGGAGUCAGCACUGGAGUGAUCCGCCAUGUUGGAGAUGCUCUAAAAGACCAUUCUUCAAAGUCCAGAGGGAAAGUCUGUGCUAUCGGCAUCGCACCAUGGGGCAUCGUAGAGAACAAGGAGGACCUCAUUGGAAGAGACGUAACCCGGCCCUAUCAGACCAUGUCCAACCCCCUCAGCAAGCUGUCUGUCCUGAACAGCAGCCACUCUCACUUCAUCCUGUCCGAUAAUGGGACAAACGGGAAGUAUGGAGCCGAGGUCCGACUCCGUCGACAGCUGGAGAAACACAUCGCUCUUCAGAAAAUCAACACACGCCUGGGUCAGGGCGUCCCUGUGGUGUGUCUGAUUCUGGAGGGGGGUCCUAACGUCAUCUCCAUCGUGUUGGAGAGUCUAAAAGAAGAGCCUCCGGUUCCUGUUGUCGUAUGUGACGGGAGCGGCCGCGCCUCUGAUAUCCUUUCCUUUGCACACAGAUACAGCGAGGACGACGGGCUGAUGAACGACAGCGUCAAAGACCAGCUGCUGGUCACCAUCCAGAAAACGUUCAACUACAGCCGCAGCCAGGCGCAGCAGAUCUUCCUCAUGGUGAUGGAGUGUAUGAAGAAGAGAUCUCUGAUCACAGUGUUCAGGAUGGGCUCAGAGGGACAGCAGGACAUCGAGAUGUCUAUCCUUACAGCUCUGCUGAAAGGCACGAAUGCGUCAGCGUCUGAUCAGCUGAGUUUGGCUCUGGCGUGGAAUAGAGUGGACAUCGCUCGCAGUCAGAUCUUUGUGUACGGACUCCACUGGCCUCCUGUGACUGCGGCCACCACCGACCGUCCUAAAAGCCCUGCCGCCCAGCGAGCGCCAGCAGGAGGAGGAGCGAAAGGGAAGCCCAGAGGGAAGAAAGGAAAAGGAGGCAAAGCCAAACCUGAACCACCUGAGGAGACCGACCCCAGGAAGCUGGAGCUGCUGAACUGGGUGAACUCUCUAGAACAGGCCAUGAUGGACGCUCUGGUGUUGGACAGAGUGGACUUUGUGAAGCUGCUGAUCGAGAACGGAGUGAACAUCCAUCACUUCCUGACUAUCCCUCGUCUGGAGGAGCUGUACAACACGAAACUGGGACCAGCCAACACGCUGCACUUUGUGGUCCGGGACGUGAAGAAAGGCAAUCUUCCUCCAGAUUAUCAGAUCACGUUGAUCGACAUUGGCUUGGUGUUGGAGUUCCUGAUGGGCGGAGCUUAUCGCUGCAAAUACACCAGGAAGAGCUUCAGGACGCUCUACAACAACCUCUACGGCCUGAAGAGACCUAAAGCUCUGAAGCUCCUGGGGAUGGAGGAUGACGAGCCUCGUCCGAAGGGGAAAGGAAAGAAGAACAAGAAAAAGGAGGAGGAGGUGGACAUAGACGUGGACGACCCUGAGGUCAGCAGGUUCCAGUACCCGUUCCACGAGCUGAUGGUGUGGGCCGUGCUGAUGAAGCGCCAGAAGAUGGCGUUGUUCCUGUGGCAGCGAGGGGAAGAAGCCAUGGCCAAAGCUCUGGUGGCGUGUAAGCUCUACAAAGCCAUGGCCCACGAAUCGUCCCAGAGCGAGCUGGUGGACGACAUCUAUCAAGACCUGGAGAACAACUCCAAGGAGUUUGGUCAGCUGGCCUACGAGCUGCUUGAUCAAUCGUACAAACACGACGAACAGGUGGCCAUGAAGCUGCUGACGUACGAGCUGAAGAACUGGAGUAACUCCACCUGUCUGAAGCUCGCCGUCGCCGCCAAACACAGAGACUUCAUCGCACACACCUGCAGCCAGAUGCUGCUGACCGACAUGUGGAUGGGCUGUCUGAGGAUGGGCAAGAGCAACAGCCUCAAGGUGAUUUUAGGGAUUGUUUUCCCUCCUACCAUCCUUCUCCUGGAUUUUCGUCUUGGAGAUGAAGCUUCUUUUCAUUCAUCCAGAGACAACGACAGCGGGAAGACUAAAGAUGAUGACAACAAAUCCAACAAGGACGCCGUCUCAAAUGUUGACGCCAUGUCGAAGAAAGGUGAUGAAGAGGAAGAGCAGAAGAAACAAAAGAGGAGGACUCCUAUUGGACGGAAGAUCUAUGAGUUUUACAACGCCCCCUUCACCAAGUUCUGGUUCAACACGAUCUCUUACCUGGUCUACCUGAUGUUGUAUAACUACAUCAUCCUGGUGAAGAUGGAGCGAUGGCCGUCUCUACAGGAGUGGAUCGUCAUCUCGUACAUCAUCACUCUGGCACUGGAGAAAGUCCGACAGAUCCUGAUGUCUGAGCCGGGGAAACUGAAGCAGAAGAUCAACGUUUGGUUGGAGGAUUACUGGAACAUCACCGACCUGGUGGCCAUCUCCGUCUUCCUGCUGGGUUUACUGCUGCGACUGCAGAACGAGCCCUCCAUGGGAUACGGACGAGUCAUCUACUGUGUGGACAUCAUCUUCUGGUACAUCCGAGUCCUUGACAUCUUCGGAGUCAACAAGUACCUGGGGCCAUACGUCAUGAUGAUCGGCAAAAUGAUGGUGGACAUGCUCUACUUCGUGGUCAUCAUGUUGGUGGUGUUGAUGAGCUUCGGAGUAGCACGGCAGGCCAUCCUCCACCCGGAUGAGGAGCCAACGUGGCGUCUGGCCCGAAACAUCUUCUACAUGCCGUACUGGAUGAUCUACGGAGAGGUGUUUGCAGACUCCAUAGACCUUUAUGCCAUGGAAAUCAACCCUCCGUGUGGAGACAACAUGUAUGAUGAAGAUGGGAAGAAGCUUCCUCCAUGUAUCCCUGGAGCCUGGCUCACUCCUGCCAUCAUGGCCUGUUACCUCCUGGUCGCCAACAUCCUGCUGGUCAACCUGCUCAUCGCCGUCUUCAAUAACACAUUCUUCGAGGUCAAGUCCAUCUCCAACCAGGUGUGGAAGUUUCAGAGGUACCAGCUGAUCAUGACCUUCCACGACCGCCCCAUCCUGCCUCCCCCUCUCAUCAUCUUCUCCCACAUCUACAUCGUCCUGAAGAGGCUGUGCUGCCGCUGCAGGAGGAGGGCGGAGGGAGAACACGACGACCGGGAGAGACGACUCCAGCUGGUGCUGAAUACAGAGGAGCUGAAGAGUCUGCACGAGUUUGAGGAGCAGUGUGUGGAGGAAUAUUUCAGAGAGAAAGAUGACGAAAAGCAAUCGUCCAACAACGAGAGAAUCAGAGUCACAUCGGAGAGGGUGGAGAACAUGUUCAUGCGUCUGGAGGAGGUGAAUGAAAGGGAGCACUCCAUGAAGGCGUCUCUGCAGACAGUGGACCUGCGCCUGGCUCAGCUGGAGGAGUUCUCUGGCCGUAUGAUGAACGCUCUGGAGAAGCUGGCCGGUAUAGACCGAGCCGAGCUCAUCCGCACACGCUCCAGAGGAUCAUCGGUGUGUGACACGGCAGCUCUGAUGAGACAUGGCAGCAUCAACAGCACUGACGGAUACAGCCUGUACAGGUACCAAGUGGACCACGAAGACAGGAUGUCUGUGACCGGAGACGUAGAGGGAAACGACAGGAAAGCCCAACAGAGUCCAGAGAGACGAGUGGGGAACACAGAGGGAGGGAACACAACAGGUGAUGUGAAGGAGUUCGGCCCGACUCUGGAGGUGGCUGGACGUAAAGGGAGGGCUCAGUCUCUGUCCAAUGUGGACAUCCUGAUCUCCCUCUGUGACUCCCAUGCCAGUCUUGGUUCUCCUAAACCUGAUUCCACAGGCGCUCACAUGGAAAAACAAGCAGAGAAAUCCAGACUGGAGGCAGCCGUGUCCUUUCCUUUGGAGAGGACCAAGUUCAGCCAGUAUCUAUCCUCUCCGUCACUCAUCGGUUCUCCCUCACCCAGCACUAAAUCUAGUUAUGGUCACAGCUCCGUUAACGUGGAUCAGGAGGGAGGGAGCAGUCUGACCCCACAUGGCUCCAAACCGGCCUCCAGAUCUCAGAGCAUGCCUCACGGGGGAGUCAAACCUUCUCUGAGAGGGGCAGAGGAGAGGAGGGGAGGACAUGAGACCAAACAGGAGGAGGACAGAGCGUCUGAGCCUCCUGGUGAGGCACAGGGGGGUGAGACGGGUGAGACUGACCCUGGUGAGAGAGAAGAAGAGGAGGAAGAGCUGCUGUUAGGGGAGGACAGGUUAUACCCCACGCUACGCUCUAAAAGUUUAAACAUCAACCCGAAGAAGACAAGGACGAAGAGGAAGGAUGCUGAGGAGACGCCUCGCUCAGCCAGCAGCGUCAAAGACCUGGUGUCGGCGUUCAGCAGUGGGGGGGACGGGGUUCGGGCCAGGACGAGGUCCAAAGACUCAGACAGCUCAACCUGAAGCACUGAAGAGACUCUGACUCAGGAAAUAACUGCCAAAAGGGAGCAAAAUAAUCUUAAAAAGGGAGGAAGAUGUAAUAGAACUGUAAAAGAUGAUGAAGGACUAAAGAUUGAUUCAAAUGUCAAAAAGGUAGUUAUGGAGUUAACAUGCUGUGAAGUUGUCUUGAAAAGUGUCCCAGUGACUUUCUGUUAUAAUGAGCAACGCUGUUAUUUUGCAUUUCAGGUAUUCUUAAACUUUGUUUUAGAGGAAAAUAUUUUAUUUCUGGAAAAACCUGCAAUCUUCUCAUCUCACUAAUAAUGUGAAUUGUAAAAGUAAAAAAAGGACUAAAUUCAUUAUAAGUGAGCUGCUCCUUUUUCUGUCCCAGCUCCUCACAUCUGUUUCCACCCCCCCUUGUUUAACCUCAGCUUUUACAGUCUAUUUUUCUAUGUGAAUGGAUUGACUUGUUGUAAAAUAUCUCUGAAAUAAGAUAAACCUUUUACAGGAUUCAGGAUAUUUUUGAUGUGAUGCAGUUCUUUAAAACUUUUUAUAACUCCAAAACAUGUAAAUCAGAAAACUUCAGUGUUCUGUUUUUAGAGAACAAGUGAUGAAAUCUAAGCUGUAACUGGGUGGAGGUUAUUACUGAUGAAAUAUGUUCAAAUGUGUCAUUAUUUGGCAUGAAAACAGGUAUUUUGUUUUAUUAUUGGUGGAUUUUUUUUAUCCUUAUUUCUAUGUUUUGUAGCAUUUAUGUAUUAAUUCCCAAUCACUUGUUUUUUUAAGAGCUUUUUUCUGAACUAACAUCUGAAACCAAAUCUCACAAUAACUAAAAGAAUCUGACUCUAAAACUGUUUGUAUUUUGAGCCUAAAACCACCUGGACCUGUUUAAACACAGAUCAGGACUUUAAAGACUUUGGAUUCAUAAAACUGAUUACACAGUGAAACCCUGACUUUCUGAGAGCUUAUAAUCGGUAUAUUUCCGGUUAAAAUCUGCACACUGAGAGAUUAAAGGGAACGAAAUCUACCUCUGAAUCAUUUCUUCAUGA